AUGUCCAGGAUAAACAGCAAUUUACUUGAAAUAGACGUCGAUAAACUGUUUGAGGAUCAUGGCGUGGACGAAAUUGUGGAAAUACAAAAACUUCUGGAUGCUGAAAUCGAGAGAAAACGUAAUGAAUUGCGGUCAAUGGUCGGAGAUAGGUAUAAAGAUAUUUUGGCGGCCUCAGAUGCUAUUAAGUCUAUGAAAACGAUAUCGCAAGAAAUAGUGGAUAAUAUCGAAAAAAUUACAAAUACGUGUGAGACUUUAGUUGAUACUUCAGAUAAAGUUGAAAAUAUUACCAACUAUGAAAUUAAUAAGGAAAAAAUUGAAGAAAGAACCCUGGUUAUCCAAAUACGACUUGCCAUAUUCAUGAACGAACAAAUAUGGAUUUCCCUGGAUGAGGAAAACAAUUUUGAGGCAGCUCAACUAUAUUUACUAGCACAACACAUUCACACAGGUUUAAGCCUCACAAAACAAGAACGUUUAAAUAAAAUACCCUUGCUACAACAAAUAAAGGAAAAUUUAUUAAUAUUAAGAAAAAAAAUAUUCCAGAGAAUUACAGAAAAAUUAGAAUUGGUGGAAAUUACAGCAGAAGAAACAAGUUAUAACCUAAAUGCUUUGUUGUUACUAGAAAAUCAAAGUACAGAGGAAUUAUUGAGUAUUUUUAUUCAACAUCGUAAAACUGCCUUAAAUACAGUUAUUAACACAUCACAUUCAAGUGUUAGGGUUCAAAUAAGUGCUAUGGUUAGAUGUCUUAUUACUACAGUGCAUUUAUUGCAUGAUUGUUUUAUUUAUUCAGGUUUAAUUUGGCAACAACUGAAAGAAAUCGUUUCUGAGAAUGCUGUUCCUACUUUAAGUAAACUUAAUUUACCAAACACGCCUUUAGAGUCUUAUAUUCCAAAGAUUAUUAAAGAGUUUAGACCUAAAUAUAAAACAGACAUAAAGGAAACAACUUUAAAUGAAACAAAACAUGUAAUUGACCAGUGGUUAAAAUCUACAGAAAAAACAGUGAUAAAUGGUGUAGAAAAAUCUCUUAACUUAGUGACGAACGUCAAGGGGUUGUACAAAAUUAGAGAAGAGGCCUUAAAAAUAGAUACGCCAGAAUUUUGGGAUAAGAUUUGCCUGGCUUCGAAUUUGCCGGCCAAUUUUAACGUGUGGUAUUUCUUUUUUCAAAAUUUGUUGACUUAUAGGGCUAAAGUCUUGAUUUCCAAGCAUAUUGUUGUCAGUAUUAAUAAUUUACAGAGUGAUAUAACAGAAACAUUGGAAAGAUGCGUGAAAUCGUCGUAUUUAGAGUUAGAUUUAAGGUGGUAUGCAUGGAGCAAUGAUAUACAGGAUGUUUCAAAAAAUGAGAAUAAACAUAUUGGUUUGUCAAUGAAAACCAAAGGUUUUUCAACAAAUAUAAUAAAUUUGUGUGAAAAGCUGGAUUUAAAAUAUUUUGAAUUGCUUCAAGAUGUUUUUCAGUAUUUUUUUGGAGUUGAAUUCAACACAAAUUGUAAUAUUUCUGUUCCUAAUGUGAAGGAUUUUAAAUUCAAGAAGAAAUUCAUUGAUAGAGAUGAACUAAUUAAUCAUUUAAGAAUGGAGUGUUUAAAAAAUUCAGAACAGAUAACAAAUUUUAUUGACAAUUUAACAAAAUCUACACAAGAUUCCAACAACAAAGUAGCAAAAUCCCUAGUUUGUGCGAGAUUUUUGCAAGCAAUUUCUCAACUAUGUCCAAAUUUUAACACUUGUUGCAAUUUUAAUAAUAUCACUGAGGAUUGGAGCAAAAUUUGCAACAUUUUCAAUAAAACAAGCUUUAAUUUAUGGUCAAUUUGGGGUGAAUAAUUGUUGCGAAAAAAACGAGAAAAAGUUGGAAGCAGAUUUUAAUGCUGUUGAUCCUAAGAAAUUUAUCAAAUUUUUGGCGAAAUGGGAUAACAUAGAAAUUCAAGAGCAAACUGAAGAUAAAGUGUUUAAAUCCCAUAUUAGAGUUCCACUUAAAGAAAGCUUAAUUUUGCACAACAUAAUUGUCGAAUUAAGCAACGAUUUACAUUGUGUUCUUCCACAUACCAUUCCAAAAAAUGUUCAUCUGCAGUUUAUCGAGAUAAAUUCCGAAAUUAUUUUAAACAGGUACAAAAAAAUAAUGGAGUUUGAUUUGAACCAAAACCAGGCCCUGCAGUUUUUGUUUGACGUCAAGUUUUUGACUACUUUUUGCAUUCCCAGGGAAAAUGUAAAAUUGAUGGGGCUUUCCCAGGAAAUCUGUGAUAAAUACAGGUCAAAAAUUGACCCUUUUGACUUGGACGUUUUUUACUCUUAUCUGCAAAAUAAUGUCAAAAGGGCUGUUUGUCAAUCACAAAUUAUUUUCGGGUGUUUACUUCCUUCCUCUAGUCAACUCAGCAAUUUGGGGAUUCCUGAAAAAUCCAAAGAACUAGAAAAAGAUCCGUCAGUUAUUGCUUUAAGUGUACCAUCCACGAGCGUAUGGUUCCCAUUGUUGCCUAUAACAGCACCUGCGCAGAAGGUGUCUGGGAUUUCUGCGCAGAAAGAAAUCAAGACAAUUGGGUCCAAGUCACUAAAAAUGUCCCCAAAAAGGUCCCAAGACCCCACUGCAGCUGUUCGUGCAGGAGCAGCUUCACUUUUUGGAGGUUUGACAGCUGAUUGGUUUUCAUAA